AUGGCCGCCGACCGGCUCUCGCUCUUCACCGGCCUCGGUCUCAGUGAGCAGAAGGCGCGCGAAACGCUCAAGAAUGAGGCGCUAAGCGCGCAGCUCCUCGAGGCAGCCGUCCAGGCGCAGCGGGCCCUGGGGCCCAACAUCGACAAGGCUACUGGGACCCUCCUCUACAACAUUGCCUCCCGUCUCAAGGAUCAGAAGCGGCUCGGCUUCCUCGUGGACUAUGUCACCGGGAAGAAGAUCCUUACAGACCUUCAGCUCAACGCUGCUCUGGAGUAUGUCCGCAGUCAUCCGCUGGAUCCCAUUGAUGCCUCCGAUUUUGAGCGGGAAUGUGGAGUGGGGGUGACAGUGACCCCAGAGCAGAUUGAAGAGGCUGUUGAGGCGUCUAUUACCCGACACCGUGCACAGCUACUAGCAGAACGUUAUCACUUCAACAUGGGGCUGCUAAUGGGAGAGGCACGUACUGCGCUCAGGUGGGCGGAUGGCAAGAUUAUUAAGAAUGAAGUGGAUAUGCAGGUCCUUCAUCUCCUGGGCCCGAAGACAGAAGCUGAUUUGGAAAAGAAACCCAAGGCUGCGAAGCCAAGACCUACAGAGCCGGAGAAGAAAGUGCCAGGGGAUGUGGUGGAGAAUGGUGAGGUGGCCCCAGAAUCCCGGUCGCUGAUGGAGCAGUUGAGAGGGGAGGCUCUUAAAUUCCACAAACCAGGUGAAAACUACAAGACUCCUGGCUAUGUGGUCACUUCUAACACCAUGGCUCUGCUGAAGCAGCAUGUGGAGGUCACGGGUGGGCAGGUGCGCACCCGUUUCCCACCUGAGCCCAACGGCAUCCUGCACAUUGGCCACGCUAAGGCCAUCAACUUCAAUUUUGGCUAUGCCAAGGCCAACAACGGUAUCUGCUUCCUGCGCUAUGAUGACACGAAUCCUGAAAAGGAAGAGGAGAAAUACUUCACCGCCAUCCUGGAUAUGGUGGAGUGGCUGGGUUACAAACCAUACACGGUGACUCAUGCUUCUGACAAUUUUGACCAGCUGUAUGCUUGGGCUGUGGAACUUAUCCGCAGGGGCCAUGCCUAUGUCUGCCACCAGCAAGUGGAGGAGAUCAAAGGCCACAAUCCCCCACCCUCCCCCUGGCGAGACCGGCCCGUCGAGGAGUCUCUACUGCUCUUUGAGGGAAUGAGAAAGGGCAAGUAUGCAGAGGGUGAGGUCACUCUGCGGAUGAAGCUGGUGAUGGAAGAUGGGAAAAUGGAUCCCGUGGCCUACCGUAUUAAGUACACCCCGCAUCACCGCACAGGAGAUAAGUGGUGUAUCUACCCUACGUAUGAUUACACCCACUGCCUGUGUGACUCCAUUGAGCACAUCACCCACUCCCUCUGCACCAAAGAGUUCCAGGCCAGACGCUCUUCCUACUUCUGGCUGUGUAACGCGCUGGACGUCUACUGCCCCGUGCAGUGGGAAUAUGGCCGCCUCAACCUGCAUUACGCUGUCGUGUCCAAAAGGAAGAUCAUCCAGCUGGUGGAGGCGGGUGCUGUCAGGGAUUGGGAUGACCCCCGGCUCUUCACGCUGACAGCACUACGUCGGCGUGGCUUCCCCCCCGAGGCCAUCAACAACUUCUGUGCGCGGGUGGGAGUGACUGUCGCCCAGACCACAUUGGAGCCACAUCUUCUGGAAGCGUGUGUGCGGGAUGUGCUGAAUGAUGGAGCCCCCCGGGCCAUGGCUGUGCUGGAACCUCUCCGUGUCACCAUCACCAAUUUUCCCUCCAGCAAGGCAAUGGACGUUCACGUGCCCAAUUUUCCAGCUGAUGAGACCAAGGGCCUCCAUCAGGUCUCCUUUUCACCCACGAUCUACAUUGAGCAGACGGACUUCAAGGAGGUCCUGGAGAAGGGUUACAAGCGGCUGACACCUAACCAGCCCGUGGGCCUGAGGCACGCCGGCUAUGUCAUCUCUGUACAGAAUGUCAUCAAGGAUGCCAGCGGCCGUGUGAUCGAACUGGAGGUGACCUGCAGCAAGUCUGAUGCCUCAGAGAAACCCAAAGCCUUUAUCCACUGGGUGUCGGAACCCUUGCAGUGUGAGGUCCGGGUCUACGAGAGGCUAUUCCUGCACAAGAAUCCUGAAGAUCCUUCUGAGGUCCCUGGUGGUUUCUUAACUGACCUAAAUCCCGACUCACUGCGGGUGAUUGAAGGGGCUCUGGUGGAUCGUUCCGUCUGCAACGCAAAGCCUUUUGACAAGUUCCAGUUUGAGCGGCUGGGUUACUUUUCGGUGGAUCCUGAUAGCACGGAUGGAAAGCUCGUGUUCAACCUAACGGUGACUCUGAAGGAGGAUCCCGGCAAGAUGUGAGGGUUGUGGGCCCGGGACCCGAGGAAACCACUCAGGAGCUAUUCUCCCGCUCUGUGGGGAGAGCCUGCAGGAGCAACCGCUCAAUGCACAAAUGGACCCACCUUUGCCUUACUGGGGCUGGGCAUCUGCCAGGCCUACCCUGGGUACAACUCCAAUCUCAAUAAACAGCAGCAAAAUCUUCCCUGA